AUGAACAGAGAAACACGUCAGGGACUAUGGGAGCUGGCGAGAUUGCACAAGUUUGGGCGGGGAACAUUGCUGAUGGUCUGGCCGAGCCUCUGGGCGAUAACCAUGCUGGGCAAAGAACUCCAACUUUCUCUAGCCCGAUUCCUCUAUCUCAGUACAUGGUUCUUCCUCGGCAAUGUACUUGUGCACGGCCUCGUAUGCACGUGGAACGACAUCUGCGACGUGGACUUUGACCGGAAAGUCGAACGCUGCCGCAAUCGCCCUUUGCCGUCCGGACGGGUCUCGCUUUCCACCGCCUGGCUUUUUCGGGGCUUUCAGCUCUUGCUCUCUUUGGCCUUAUUCUGGACUACCAUAGUUGGCCUUGCCCCCGUCCAUCUCAUAUACCCUCUGCUCAAGCGGGUUACAUACAGGCCCCAGGCAUGGCUUGGGUUGGCCAUGAACUGGGGUUGGGUCGUUGCGUGGGUCUCCAUUGCCGACAAGAGUGAUUGGUUGCUCGUGGGAAUUAUGCUAGCUGGGGCGGCGGCAUGGACAAUCGUGUACGAUACGAUUUACGCCCUCCAAGACAAGAAAGACGACCUUAUCGCCAAUGUAAAAUCGACAGCGCUUCUAUUCGAUUCCUACGUCAAACCCGUCCUUUCGAUCUUCUCCGUCUUCUUCGUCUCCUGCCUGUUAAGGGUAGGAGUGCGACAUGCACAGGGUCUUCCCUACUUCUGUGCGGUCGGAGGCGUGGGGGUGCAUCUAGCAUGGCAGCUUUGGACAUUGGACGACGAGAGCGAAGGGGACUGUGCGGCAAAAUUUCGGGCAAACUCCGACGUAGGGAUGCUGCUCUGGCUGGGGAUGGUCGUGGAUUGGGCCAGUGCCGAUUCUGUUCAAUUUGCUCUGCUACAGAAUUGA